UUAAUUGACUUUUGACGCCUCGGGGAGCGAUGAAUUAAGAUAAAAGCCACUUAGUCCAAUCCUCUCGAUAAACCCAGAGAUCAAUUACGGAUGACGUGAAUUAGUGGUCUAAGUGAGGGCGAAUGAUAAGGGUAGGAUGGAAAACGAAGAUAGAGGUGUUUGGGUGAACGAGGGACGAGUAAAUCUUCCCUUCGACGUGCGUUUGUUAUUCUUACUGGGGGAUGCAAUAAAGGGGAGUCCUGGUGCUCUCUAUUCUUCAAUUUGUCUCAUUGAAUUUCUCUGAAGGGGGUGGAGGACUGCGAGAGAGAACAGAAUCCCAGUGAGUUGCGCCCCUCCUCCCCCAGCAUCGCCAAAGGGGAUAAAAAGUCGACGACCACCACCUGCACCAGUUCACUCUCCUCGUCGCCUCCAGAUCUCUCGGACGUGCGAACGCAGUAAAAAUUCUUCCGAAAUCCUUUUAAAGUUUUUAAAAUUUGUGCUGAUGAGUAUCAUCAAUUGUCAACCAUGAGACUCGCAGUCAUUCUCUCAUUUCACAUCUUGAAAAUCAUACAGUGCGAUGACACCACCGGUGGACCCGACGACUUCCAGAAACUGAACUCUGAGUUACUGAAAUUAAACGAGAUAAACGCGAUUCUCGAAUGGGAAUCAGCGACUCAUCUCUCCCCGAAUGUUUCAACUUUUAAGAGAAAAUUUUACGAGAAGAGGACGGGGUGGCGGGAGUGGUGGUGCGAUAAAUUGAGGAGAUCGAGAGACGAGAGGAGGAUUUAUAGUCUCUGCAGAGGACCCAAAUAUUCACCGGAGCAGGCGAGUCUCCUGUCCCUAAUAUCAGAUAAACUGAGCGGGAGCUAUCAGUCGAGAGAAGUUUGUGACACCUCUGACAAGUGUUUCCGGGGAGAAACUGAGUUAAGGAGGCUUAUGAUGACCUCCAGGGAUGAAGGGGCCCUACGGUGGGCCUGGACUGCUUGGAGGGAUGGGCUGAACUCCCUGAAAUCACUAUUCAUGCAAUUUAUCGCAGUCCAAAAUGCGGGAGCGAGAAAGAACGGAUAUAAAGACAUCGGCGAUGUCUGGAGGGAAGAAAUAGGAAUAACAGACGCAGAAGUAGUGAUGGAAGUGAUGUGGUCAGACGUCGAGGAAAUAUAUCGGCUUCUUCACGCUGUUGUCAGGUUUCGACUGCAGAAGGUGUAUCCGGGAGUUGUCCAUCCGCUCUUACCCAUCCCAGCGCAUUUGCUAGGGGACCUGUGGAGUCAAAACUGGGGAGCCCUCGUCGAUCUCGUCCUGCCCGAAAAAUCAGUGACCCUGAAUAUCACAGAGUCAUUGAGGAAUAAAAAUUACAGUGUCCUGGAUAUGGUGAAGCGAUCAGAGGACUUUUACGUAUCUCUGGGGUUCCCCCGGCUACCAAAAUUAUUCUGGGAGCGGUCGAUUUUUACUCGAGGAGAUCGCGAUAUGAAUUGCCACGCAUCUGCUGCGAAUAUGUACAGAAAGGGGGAUUUCCGGAUGUUGGGGUGUUUCGAAGUCAAUGAAGAGGACUUUCGAGCGAUUCAUCAUGAAAUGGGGCAUAUUUAUUAUUACGAAGCGUACGAGAAUCAAGACACCAUUUUCAGGUCCGGAGUAAAUUCAGCAUUACACGAAAGCAUCGGAGAGGCCAUUCUCCUAGGAGUGAUGACGCCCCAACAUCUCCAGCGAAUGGGACUCGCUGGAGACGCUAUAUUGACCGACGACCUGGCUCUGUUAUUGAGAGAAGCUCUGAUUAAACUGCCACUGAUAGCUUAUAGCCUGGCAGUGGAAAAAUGGAGGUUCAGAAUUUUCGAGGGGAAAGUAGACUCGACAGAGCUGAAUGAUCUCUGGUGGAGGCUCCACAGGGACAUCAUGGGAAUUGCUCCGGUGAGCCCCCGACCUGAUUAUCUCUUCUUCGAUCCACUUGCGAAAUUCCAUAUUAUCGCAAAUAUUCCCUAUUUGAGGUACUUUUUCGCAAGUUUUCUGCAAUUCGAAAUAUUCGACUCGAUGUGCCAAUCGGCGAUUACCGGAAAGAUAAAUAAUGUGAAUUUCACUUUUCCACUCCAUAAGUGCGAUGUGUACGGAUCGAAGGGUUCCACAAAAAAAUUAAGGAGCCUGAUGAAGAUGGGCAGUACUGUGGAGCUCCCCGAUGCAUUACAAAAAUUGACGAGUGAAUCCAAACUACGUGUAGAGCCCCUUACGCGGUAUUUCAAGCCAGUCUAUGAUUUUUUGCGGAAGGAGAUCGACACUUUCAAUAUUCCUGUCGGAUGGGAUUAA